AUGAUGAUCGGUGGCGGCGUCGCGACCCCUCCUGGUACUGCCAAGUCGGCGGCUGCGAUCGACAGCGAAAUGGUGCAGGUCGACGGCAUUGGCAGUGGUAGUGUCAGUGGCAGUGCUAGUGGUAGUGGCAGCCCUGCGACAGGCGCGACUACUACGCGUCUGACCGGCGGCAGCAGCAGCAGCAACAACAACAACGGGGACGUCGCGAACAAUAACAAUAACAACAACAAUAACGAUGUACAUCCGGUGAUGAACAGCGGCUCCACUGCGGCCACUGAUAAGUUUUGCUGCCACGACGACGAUCCACCGGUUAGUACCGGUGUCGCACGACCUUGGGAACCACCCUCGCCGACCUUCUCCCAGACGAGGUCGCAUCUGCUGCAGGUACAUCCGCCGCAUCAUCAUCAGCAUCCGGCUGCGCAUCACCAUCAACAGAUGACCGUGCCGCCAGUGUCUUUGAUCGACGGCGUGAGCUUGCAAAAUUGCACCGCGGGGCCAUUUGCCAGCGGUAAUGGCGGCGGUGCGAGCCGACAACGAUUGCUGGAACUGUCGCACGGGUUGGGAGCUCUCAGGCACUACAACGACCUGGCCAAUCAUGUGCUUUCGCUGAAUCAACAAGGCGCAGUCGUCACGAAACUUUUGGGUACGCUACGCCCGCCCGGUUUAAUCGGUGGCAGCAAGCCAAAAGUCGCGACGCCGGCCGUCGUCGCCAAGAUCGAGCAGUACAAGAGGGAGAACCCGACGAUCUUCGCAUGGGAGAUACGGGAGAGGCUGAUCUCGGAAGGUGUCUGUAGCAACGCGACAGCCCCGUCGGUCAGCAGCAUCAAUCGUAUCCUGCGGAACAGGGCGGCGGAACGCGCAGCCGCGGAGUUCGCGAGGGCGGCCGGUUACGGUUUGUACGCAGCCAGCCCGCAUCCGUACUUCAACAGCGCCCAUCAGCAUCCGACGACCAGCCACCAUUUGCCCGCCGGUUGGCCGGCGCCUGGCGCAGCCGGUCACCCAUGGAUGUUGCCGCCGUUGGCUACCGGAAUCACCGGCGCGGCUUCCGCUCUACUGCUGCCCCCGUCGCUGAGCCCAGGAGCCGCAGCGGCUGCGGCUGCGGCCGCCUCCGCUUCGGCUGCUGGCGCCGCGGACCACUCUUUGCACGCCGACGCGAUCGCUCGAGGAUACUUGCAAGACGGGGACGGUGACGAUGGCAGUCUGGACGGUUCAGAGCAGCCGAAGUUCCGCCGGAACCGCACCACCUUCAGUCCGGAACAACUGGAGGAGCUCGAGAAGGAGUUCGAGAGAUCACAUUAUCCUUGCGUGUCCACGCGGGAACGUCUAGCCUCGAAGACUUCGCUCUCGGAGGCCCGUGUACAGGUUUGGUUUUCCAACAGACGGGCAAAGUGGCGGCGUCAUCAACGCAUGAACCUUUUAAAACGUUCGCCACCGCCACCACCGCCGCCUCCGCCGCCGCCGCCGCCGCCGCCACCGCAGCCGCAGCAGCCGCCGCAACAGCAUUCCGCUUCCGGUAUGGAAAUAAACCGUACGUCAAGCUGCUCGAUCGCCGGAAUGGGAGGAGAAAGUAGCGCGUUUCGGGCGGUGGUCACCAAUUCAUCGUCGAGAGAGACGACAGAUAGGAACGAGAGGAUCGACAGGAUCGAUCCGGUCGCGAACAAACCGGAAAGGAAGCCAAGCGCUUUUCGGAUGAUCAGUCAACUGGUCGGCGACGACUCGCCGAGCACGUUGAGGCCCUCGAGCCCCGCGUACGAGCAACAGAGGCACGGCGCGAACUCUGGGCCAGGGAUCGGCACUGAAUCGGCGAGCAAAGGGGACUUCGAGCGACCCAACGACGAGGACGAGGACGAGGAGAUCGACGUGCAAGACUCGGAUCAGGAUGUUCCAUCUUCGCCUACUGUCGCUUGGAGGGACCACUGGACGGAUCAGCAACCCUUGGAACUGACCAAACACGAUCGCUGA